GCUUUUUCCUUUUUUUUCUAGCUAUACCUAUUAACGCAACUUUAACAAUUAUUAUUGGCUAUUUUCGACUUCUUUACUAAACACCAUCAAUGUCAUCACCUACCGGAGGCCGGCUACUGAGCCAAUCGAUCAGCUUUGUGGAAUCGUGGAUUGCGAGUCUGAAGGCUCCGCAGGAGGCCGUCGCCGCGGCCGUCCCCCCCUCUCUAGUGAAGAAACCGGCAGCCAAGGAAACCGCCAAAUCGUCUCGUUUGCCGAACAAAAACGGCGCCGCGAGCAAUGCGACCGCGAUGUCCCGCUGCUGCUUCGCGAUCGGCAAGAUUGUCGAGGUCAGCAAGCACCCUGAGAGCAGCAAGCUAUACAUCGAAAAGAUUGAUCUCGGCCCGGAGCUCAACGCGGUCACGAACAACGAGCCACGCACGAUUCUCAGCGGUCUGCAGGCUUACAUUACCGAGGAGGAUUUUCUGAACCGUUUGGUGCUCGUGAUCGCGAAUUUGAAGCCGCGCAAGAUUGGUGGCAUCGUUUCCAAUGGCAUGGUGAUGUGUGCCUCUACCGAGGAAGGCCCGCACGAUCCGUCCUCUGCCGAGCAAAAGUCUCACCAGGUGGUUCUGCUUGACAUUCCGGAGGGCAGCGUCGUCGGUGAGCGGGUGGAAUUCGAGGGCCACACCGGUCCUUACGAACCAGUGCUCAAAGGUAAACUUGCGGAUAGCUUUGACGAGGUCAUGGCGGAGGUUCGCACCAACGAGAAGGGAGAGGUGUGCUGGAAAGGUAUCCCGUUUAAGACAUCCGCUGGCAUCAUAACGGCCCCCUUGUGUAACGCGCGGAUAUCGUAAAUAGGAAAGGAGCGUUUCCUCAAUUCCAUCGAGGCGUGGAAGUGGUGUGCGAUGAGGUUAUAAAUAUUCUAACGUAGUGUUAAUUGAUAAUUAGAACAAAAAUAGGCAUAUUCCUGUGGGUCAUGUGGUCCCCCAUCUCUAACCGCACUUUUUU